GUCCCUGUCCCUGUCCAACCGCAGCGCAAGACGCUGAGCGAGGUUGCGACUGUGCAGUACGUGCGGCUGUACACCGAUAUCCCGGUUCCUGGGGUCCUGGGCUUCGAUGCGUUGGGCGGGGGUAGGCUGGGGUUUGAAUGGAUGCUUGUGGACUAUGUUGCUGGCUCAGAGCUUGAUGCGCAGUGGGGAUCGAUGUCCUGGCUUGAGAAGGAACUCCUGGUACGGAGGAUCGUUUUGGGUCUUGUGCAACUCUUUGGCAAACGCUUCAGUCGUAUGGGAAGCUUGUAUAAGACUGCAGACUUGCAGCGACUAGGCCCGACAUACGCCGCUGAAGCUAUCGUGCUUGACUGUGGUCAUGACUGCUUCAGUCUUGAUAACGAGUUCUGCCUGGGGAGUGUUAUUCAGAUGCCAUUCUUCUGGGGCAACAACCUAAAGCUUGAUGUGGAUCGAGGUCCUUUCAGCAGCAGCCAAGAUUGGCUCCGUACAGUCCUUCGCCUGCACUCCCUGGCUGUAGACGAUCCCGUGGCAGUCAUGUCGGAUUCAGACAACGACUCAGAUUCAGACAACUCGGAUGAUAAGCCAGAUCCCGAAAAUACCCCAGCAGCCAUCAAGCAUCGAGUUCAGCGUCUCAUGGAUUUGUUGCCUGCGACUUUUCCUGCCGAUGGACCUGAAGCAUUCGUGUUGCACCACCAUGACCUACACGCGAAAAACAUAUUCAUGGGAGACGACCACGAACUCUCCGGCAUCAUCGACUGGGAGUGCAUAUCAACCGUACCGCUCUGGGCUGCGUGCGAGUUUCCGAAGUUCUUGCAAACGGAGCUCAAUCGGCACGUAUGUCCUGACCCUGAUAAGUACAUGAAGGAGGUCCUGGAUGAUGGCACAGAAGAGCUCAACGUCAUGUACUACGAACACUUGGUAGAGUACGAGAAGACGCGACUACGAGUUUUCUUCCUGGAGCAGAUGCAACGCGAGUGCCCAGAAUGGGUUGAGGUAUACCAAAACAGCAAGUUGAAAGCUACCUUCGAAGAAGUCGUUGCAGCCCUCAAUGACAAGUCGAACGCUAGUAUCAUCGAUGAAUGGCUGGAUACAAUGGAAGAACAUGGUGCCGCUCCUGGCAUUGGGGAUAUGCUCCAUGAAUAUGAGCAAGAGCUUUUGGAUUACGAGCUAGCAUCGUCCAAAGGUCGGAAGACUAAAGAUGCAGAGGUGACGAAAGAGUAGGUGGUGGAGUAAUGGAAGACGUCGUUGUGCAGCCUCAUUAGCGAGCCAGCCGCCUGGCUGCCGGUAGUCUAGAUGAAGAUACCAGAAUAGACUUCUCACUUCCGUCACCACCUCAAUGGUUCUUGGAAGCCUUGUCGUUGCUUGAGCGAGCCGUCGUGACUGCGGAUUGCGGUGUGGAGGUACAAAAAUAGCUUGCCCAAAGU